AAUGUAGGAAGCGUUUAUUUUUCAGCUAGGCAAGCUAUUCUAAAAUGUUCCAUGGAUAUUUGAGUAUAUCCAUAACAUGGUGGAACCCUUUGGAAAAAGUUUUAACAACUUGUCCUUAUCCUCAAAGUCAUUUAAAAGACCAUCUGUAAUAUUUCUUUUUGUUAGAACAGCAGACGCGAAUAAUGCUAGCGGCCCACAAAUGAAAGUUAAUACGUCACACAUUCAAAUGCAUACAAAUUCGAAAAUUAUUUGCACUGCUGGAUCAAGUACAUUGCUAUGUGUAAAAGUGGCAUACGAAGUAAGUAAAACUAAGCCAUACGCUACAUACCUUAAAAUGUGGUGCUUCCUGCUGUGGCCUUAUGAUGAAGUACUGCUGCAAAGGAAGAUACUUGCAAGACUGAAAUUUCGUGUUGCCUCUUGUGCUUUAUAUACGCGUAGCGCGCGCGUUCCACAUCCUACCUAUUCCGAAAAAAUGUCUAGGGAAAGAGAAUAAAAUAUCCUCUGGCUCUUUGAUUGUAGAUCUGCCGCGUUUAGUGCUUUUAUGGUGUUUCAGGCCUUGGAACGUGGAUUUGAAAUUCACAUGCUAGGCACCUUUCGUAAUUUUUGGAUAUACCGAUCACACACCAUCACAGCUGAGUAUUAACAUUUGUUUUUUUCUCUUUGCUGGUUUAAUCUAGUCGUACAUGGUAAUUAUACCGAUAUCUAUGGCCCAACUAGGCGAUCCACAAAUGGACUUUCUGUAAGUGUUCCCUAAGUAUGAGACGGGAUAUGGGAAUCCGUUUAUUUUUUAAAUGGCUACGCUGACGAAAAACUAAUCCAUUUUUGAAAAUCAGCGUUCAAUUCUGUAUAAAAUGUAUGAUUUUCGUUGAAUUCCACGAGGUGUCGUUUUGGGGGAAUUUUGACAAAAGUGAGAGGGGUU